AUGGAAGUUACAUCGCAAAAUAAUCAGAUCACAUCUGAUAUACUGGACAAUGGAUCUAUCAAACAGUCACAGCUUCUGCCUUCUCUGCCUCCCAACCAUCUUUCCGAGUUCAUCACUAUCAUGAAUCUGGAUAAUGCCGCUCCUGCGUCUCGACAAACUUCACUCAACACAUUCACAUCGUUUUCUCCUUCUGUUCUCGAUAUGAGCAGCAAUGAUAUCAUUACAACGACCGAUUUCAAGCAUAUAACGAACACUUAUGAGGAGCUUUUCAAGACAGCCACGAAUUUGCAAGCUGCUCUUGAAGCAGUGAGUGCUGCCGCUAACCAGUUUGGCCAAGCUUUGGAACAGUGCAUUAGCGAGUGUCCCAAAGUCAACAACACUACUAUGGUCGAGGAUGGAAUAAGCAAUGCGGCAGGGCUACAGUAUAUCAUGGCUAGCAAUCAUCAGAUCCUCGGCCGAAUGAUGCAUACUAGUUUCAUUGAACCACUCCAACAGGAAUUAAUAAAGUUGAAAGUGGAGUAUGGCCAGAAUCAUUCGUAUUACCAACAAGAAAUCAAGUCCAAAUCCAAACUUCUAAAGGAGCACGAAGCCGAGAAUUUGAAAUUGAGAAAGAAAAAGACAAGAGAUUUGAACAAGUAUAAGAACAACUUGUUGAGCUUGACUAACCAGUUGGAUGAUAUUGAUCGAGUAAAGUAUGAGUAUUAUCACGAGAUAAAUGCAUUGGUGGCUGGAUAUAAUCGAGAACACUUGUUGACUAGAACUGGCGGGUUGGUGCGGGCUGAAUUAGAGAUUUACGAAUCGAUAGCCAAGAAAGGCUGGAGUGGUGGUGGACUAGAUCAAUUGUUGUCAGUUUCGCCUGAUUUGUUUGAAAUAAACGGCGAAGCCGGUGUAGAAGACAUAAUAGACGAGGCCACGCUUGAGUUGACUGAAAGAGAUGACCAGCAAGAGCAGGAGGAGGUGGAGGAGGCACAAGAAGAAGGUAAAAAUGAAACGGUCGAAGACCCAGAUGAACUGUUUUCGUUACCCAUAGUGAGCACUACCAACACACUAUUACGAAAGCUACAUAAGGAUAAUAAAAUUGACACAAUUCAAAAUAUAUAGACAGACUAUUUAUCGAAUGUAAAUCAAACUUAUUCACCAGCAAGUUCCUUUCUGAAACUUUUCAUUGGACGUAACCCCCAUUUCUUCAACAUGGCAAUAUCCUCAUCCCAACCAUUACACAUGGUAGUCAACAUCUUUUCACCAGUAAAUAUAGCAUUACAACCACAAAGAAAACACAAGAAUUGUUCAUGUUCCUUCAUAGUGUAUCUCCCAGCAGCCAAUCUAAUAAUCGAAUCGGGCAUAAUUAAUCUUGCAGUAGCGAUAGUUCUUAAAAUCUGGUCAAAUUGCAAUUUCUUUUCCUGCGGUAAACUGCGUAAUUCCUUUUCCAUGGGAGUACCGAUAAUUGGAACUAAUCUAUUAAUAGGUAAUGAUUCUGGAUGUGGGUCUAAUGUGGCUAAGGUGUACAAGAAUGAAACAUGAUCAUCAGGAGUUUCACCAAGUCCCAAGAUCCCACCGGUACAUGCACUAAUGCCUGCUUUUUGAACAUUCUUGAUAGUAUCUAACCUAUCAUCGUAAGUUCUCGUAGUGAUAACAUUGGGGUAGUGUUCCCUCAGAGUAUCCACAUUAUGAUUGUACGCAGUCAACCCUUUUUCUUUCAAGGCCACAGCCUGUUCUUCACUGAUCAUGCCCAAGGUAACGCAAGUUUCCAUCCCCAUGGCAUUAAUCUGUUCCACCAUAUCUCCAAUCUUACGCAACCCCGACUUUCUACCAUGCAUAUCACGCCAAGCAGCACCCAUACAGAAUCUAGUGGAUCCAUUAGCUUUGGCAAUCCUUGCUUUUUCCAACACUGAUUCAACUGAGAUCAAUUUCUCAGCUUGCAAUCCGGUGUUGUGACGUGAUGAUUGGGCACAAUAGCUGCAAUCUUCAGUGCAUCCACCAGUCUUAAUGGAAAGUAAAGUACAGAGUUGCACUUCACUUGGGUCAUGGUAUUGUCGAUGUUGUAAACUGGAUUGGUGAAUGAGUUCAAGCAAUGGGGUAUUAUAAAUUUCUUGAAUUUGGGUCUUAGUCCAAGUGGAUCUAGGAGGGGAGAUACGUGCAAGUUCAAUUGCUGAAGCGAAACGUCUAAUUGAAGUAGAGAAUGAUCUUCUAAACAUUUUUGAAUUUGGAUUGCUAU